CAGACAACUGACGAACCUCAAGAUGCUCCCGCUAGUCCUGAAAUCCAUUUUAAACCGCUUGUCAACUUAGCCAAGAUAGAAGUAAAGUCACUGGAGGAAAACGAAGAGGCACUUCUGAAGUUGUAAGUAAACCAUCUUUAAACGCCCUUCUUUUCUUUGCCCUUUACUGGUAUAGCGCUAGUUCGUCGUUAAUUUUCGUAACUGAACAUGUAAAUUUCCUGACAGACGUGCAAAGCUGUACCGAUUUGAAACCAGCGGGGAAGAAAAUGAGUGGAAAGAAAGGGGAGUUGGUGAAGUGAAGAUCUUAAAGCAUGGCGAUAAAGGAACGUACAGAAUUCUAAUGAGAAGAGAUAAGACGUUAAAGAUUUGUGCAAACCAUUACAGUAAGUAUUAAAAGCACAAGCCUGUCACGUUUAUUUUCUCUUGUGUAAUUAAAGGUAUGACUAAAUUAAUCAUCCUUUAAUAUUUCAGAUCUCGGAUUUUCAAUAGGUAGAUGUGACACGCUAUGAGGCUCCUGAAAAUACCCAAAUCAGUUCCAUUAGUGACAUUGGAGCCUCUUGUUAAUUAGCAACAACCUCUGACUAUUUAGAUUGCGGCUUAUGCAUGGGGCACGGGGGAUGUUUGGCCCUAAAACCCAAAUGGAACAAACACAUCCUAUUCCAUAAAAUUUUGUGGAACAGGACUCUGAUGUAUUGUUCCCCUAAUAUGGUAGACAUUUUACGUAGUAUCUUGGCUCUUGUGAUAAAUGGUACUAUAUAUACAAACUCACAGCUCUGUCAUUUGCAAGCGUGACCAUCCAUCUCCCCCCACCCAGGCAUUUUUCAAGUGACAUGUUCCCAUGGUGGGACUUUGGUCUUCAAAGGUCUGCCUAAUAAUAGGGAAUUUGAUUGUUAAAUUUCUUAUUUUCUACCACUUACAAAAAGGAAAAUCGAUGUAACUUAAGCAUACAUAAUAGCUCAGUCAAUUCCAAGUGUGCCCAUGGUUGACAUCGGUCCUUUUUCAAUAUUUCAUUUAAAAAUACACCCAUUUAGAAAGCCUAUUUAGAAAGCUGAAAGCUUUAAAAAGAUAUGUGAUGGAAAAGUUCUGUCGUGAUGAGAAAAUACUCAUGUUAAGCUGGUUGGUUGUUUAUUUAUCAUUCACUAUUUAAAAUACCUUCAAAAAUAAAACAGUCAUAUUAAAAAUUGUAGUUUAAAGUUCUGUCAUUGAAGUUAGUCAGAUUGUAUGGAUGUGAUCAUUUUGCAAUGGUUAUAACUAGCGGCUAGGAGCGAUCUGUCAAGGGUGUGUCUUUUGUUUUGAUCAGAUUAUUGCAGAUUUCCUAUAAAUAUGGCAUUUUCAGCUGAUUUACUGGUGGUUUCUUGGUGUUGCGGACACUAAUGACGUAAUACAAAAGAUUGAAAAGACACUGAACAAUACCCACACCACAACACAAAAGCUAACAAACAAUAGUUUCCGCAACACCAAGAAACACCCGAUUUACUGGAAAAUGCAAUUUUGGUGUUGCUCUGGGGUGGGGCAGUUGCACUUCCACCCCCCCUCUCCCCCACACCCCCCAAAACCAGUCCUGUGGGAGUUUCUUAUGUAAACGCUUUCUUUUGUUUCAAUAAAUAUGCAUAGAUGCUGGCCAUGUGAGUGAAAACACAGAAUUGCCAUGCAGCAUAACUACAUGAUUUUCCAAAUAUUUGGUAGUGAGCAGUCAAUGAAAUUAAUUUACUUAUUUUAUUUUUUUUUUGUUUCAGUAACAAAAGACAUUAAUUUACAGCCAAACUGUGGUAGUGACAGAGCAUGGGUUUGGACCGCUGCAGAUUUUGCAGAUGAAGCCGUGAAAACAGAAACGCUGGCUAUUAGAUUUGCUAAUGCUGAAAGUAAGUUUUGCACAAAGGAUGGAAUGAAUUUUACAACUUGAAGCUAAAUUUUUAGGUGCCAUCAGUUCCGUUGUUGAUACUUCUCAAGAUUAUUAUUAAUGAAUACCAUGUUUUCUUUUUUAUAAGCAAGACCUGGGGUAUUCAUAGUUAUAAUUCUCCUGUCCUUUUUAUGUUUUUAUUCUGCCAAUAUUGGAUGAGGGAAGUGGUGAAAAAGACCUGAAUAUUUUGUGUGCUUUUAAAUCUAAAACCUUUUUCUGGUGGUAUUAGAGAAGGGGCUCUGCAAAUGAGGAACCGCCUUUUUAUGGUGUGAAAAGCUGUGUGCUACAUGAAGACCCCAGCUGCAGUCUUUCAUGGAGUAGUGGUUUUUGGCUGUGUAAAACAAGAAUUAUGGCCAUUUCCCUAAAAUAAAUUGUGUAACCUAGAGCUUCUUUAUAACCUGGCACCAAUCAUAUAAGUUUCUUCCAUUCCUCUCCUGAGAAAAAGGUAAUCAGAGUUAUCAAUAAAGAAGUAUUAAGAUCUUGUGAAAGUAAACUGCCAAGAUAUAAAUUAAAAGAAGCUAGCCAAUGAAAAUCACACUGUAUGUAAAUUACCUGGAUUAUCUUAAUGGUGCUCUAAUCAUUUUUGGACUUCUUUCUUAACGGUGACUAUUUUGUUGUUAAUAUUAAAAACAGAUGCCAAGAAAUUUAAAGACCUAAUUGUUGAAUGCCAAGAUAAGAUAGGCAUUCCAACAGAUGAACAAGAAAGCGACAAGCUUGCGAAAGAACUUGAAGGACUCGAAGUCAAGGAAAGUAAGGAAGAUGAUGCUAAAGAAAAUGAUUCCGAGAACAAAGAGAAUGAGACAAAAAGUAAGGACAGUGAGCAAAAUGAAUCAAACACUUCAGAAACAGAUGCAUCGGAUGAAAAUAAAAAUACCUCAAGUACAGAAGAUACACCAGAAAAAUAG